UGCCAUUCAUGCCCAGCUGCUGUGAAUGAGGACGGGUUUUCUCCUCCAUCUCACAUCAUCACCACCAUCAGCAUCACCAUCAUCAGUGCUGGUCACGUGGUGCGUCGGGAGCGGGCGGUGGGCGUGUCUAAUCGCGUGUGGUUUCAUUCAUAACUACAGUCUUUAUUUGAAGCCCAAAUUAAAGUAUGCAGACGGGGCAGGCUGCCUGUGGACCGCCGCUUCACACGGACUCUACAGCCGGGCUGAGAGCACACGACGCAGGGAUGUGGGACAGCCCCGAUCGGCGGGUUUUCGGAGGAGAGAGGAAGACGCUGCUGAUGCUGAUGCUGAUGCUGAGGCUGCUGCUGCUGAGCGCCGCCGGCUGCAGCGGGUCGCUGUAGUCAGUCAGCUUGCACAGAGCGGAGGGAAGCUGCUCCAACACCGCCCGUAUAGACCGGUUCACUCACGCUGACCUGGACCAUGAGCAAUGAUUUGCCUGUUCUGACAAGCCUGACUGAGAACUCCACUGAUGUGCCUGUGUCUGCGGGCCAGGUGGAGAACUAUGUGCUGCUGUUGGUGCUGCUGAGUGUUUUUGCCGGGGGGACGCUGGUCCUGCUCUCCCUGCUGCUCCUCUUCUGUCACCGCUGUUGCAUGGGUGGACGACGCUACUCCAGAGCCAGCGAUGACCUCGAGAAGACAAACACCACGUAUGCUGAGGAUUCUCAGCCCACCCAAGAGAUCACCAUUCAUCUGGAUGAAUCAGACGCUCUCUCAGCUUCGAGCUGUCACGAUGGAGAGUCAGAACGAUUUGUCUCCACCAUGUCGACUGGCCGCAGAGUCUCCUUCAAUGAAUCUGCACUUUACGAACAGGAGAAGACAACUCAGGACAAAGCACGCAGGUACACUUUGACUGAGGGAGACUUCCACCACCUGAAAAAGGCCCGGCUGACCCACCUUCACCUGCCUCCGGCCCCGUGUGACCUGAAGAUCCUCACUAUCAUGGAGUGUGACUCAACAGAAAGCAGCACCCUCAACAUCAGUGAGACUACAGCUCCCAAACUUCCCCUUACCAUCUACCAGCCCACUGAGAGACGAGUCCCCGACUGGAUGGGACAGAGCCUCAGUGGAGGUCUGCCAGGAGACCCGCACCACUCCACCAUCCUGGACCAGGGCCCGAGACAGGCCUCAUCAGCCAUGAAAACACAGCACACAUGGUCCCAGACAAUGGAGGCGGUCGGGGACAGGGGAGAGGCUGAGAGCAAAAGGGGGACGAGAGGAGAGUUAACUCAAGCUCCGGGCCAGACUUCAGUUCUACAUUUCUUCUCUAAAUUGCGACGGCAUGCCAGUCUGGAGGGCGCAGGGCCUUACUUCAGGAGGUGGAAGUUUGACAGCAGUCACCGAGCUGCAAGCCUGGAUGCUAAAGGAUCCCCUAAAAGAAAGCCCUUCCAGAGACAGAGAGCAGCAAGUGAAACCACAGAUCACGCCGACGACGACGACUCUCCUCUCCGAGAUGAGCUCAUUGAAUCAUUCCCACAGACUCCCAUCCAAACCAGUGGCCUCCAGUCCCUCUCUGCAGAGUCUCUCCCCACACCCACAUCCUCAGUCUUCUUCAGCAGCCUAAAACUGGAGGCCAGGGUGGAGGUAGGUGGUGGCAGCAGUGCCAGAAGAGACGAUCUCUGUUCCCCAACAAAUGAUUGUUGUGCUCAGAGGCAAGAUGAGUCCACAGCCAACGGAGCAGGCGUGGAAAAAGAAACAAAGUUCGGUGCAGUUAAGAGAACAGAAGCAGUGGGUGUUGAGCUACAAUCAGUAGAAGAGGAUGACUUGUUUGGGCCGCAACAAGAAGCUCCCAUACAGGAAAGGUCUGAAGACACAAAAACGGACCUCAUGACAUCAGAUGUUAGGAAAAAGAGUGAGGCAGAGAUAGACGAUGGAGAUGAGGUGGUGUUUGGGGCUGAGGCCAGAGGAAGGGCAGACUCUGGCUCAUCUCUUUCCUUCAUGAUUCGCCAGGAGAGCUCGGAGGCUCCACCAUCCCUGUACAGAGACAUUUGGAGCUUGCGAGCCUCUCUGGAGCAAUAUGCCUCCUCAGACCAGAGCAGUACAGAUCGGGAGUCAAUCCGGAGUGAUGCCGACAGCGUCUCGUCUGUUGGUGGUGCAGGAGCUCGGUCCGGCUUAGACAGCUGCUUGUCCCAAGACCUGGACGACGAGCCUGAAGGUGAAGGGGAGGGAGAGAUGGUGGAGGGAGGAAUCAGAGGGGCGUCAGGUGGGGAUGGCGAGAUGGGAAGUGGAGCUGGAGGAGAGAGUGAGGCAGGGAACCGUAAGCUCCUCCAGAUGGACAGCGGCUAUGCCUCCAUUGAGGCACCAUCCAGGGCUCCUGAGGAAAUGCGGCUUUUUGGGACUCCUGGAGCUCCUCGAGGGAAGACAGCAUCUGAGAGAAGGUUGUUCUUUACCAGCUCUGGGAGGAAAGGUUCAGUGUGUGAGAGCAUUGAGACCAGGCUGUUUGAGGAGGAGCUAGAGGACGAGAUGACAGACGGCAAAGAGACAGAGGAGAAGCUAAAGGAGAGAUCUCAAACUGGCAGCCAGUCUCUCACCCUUAAAGAGCCAUAUCAACUUCCGAAGAACCUUCAUCCUCAGAAACCUUCAGAAUCACAAUCACAACCGAUGUCUCCACUGUUGAAACCAAUCCCACCAUCCUCUAGUCCUCACCCACCCCGUCUCCGCCGCCGUGACUACAGCAUCGAUGAAAAGACAGACGCACUUUUCAACGAGUUCCUCCGUCACGAUCCGCGGUUUGAUCAGCAGGACUCACCGCUGCGCUCCAGGCACCGAUCCAGAGUUCACCUACGGAAACAGUGGCAGAGACACAAGCAAUACAGUGACCCAGGGUCAGGCACUGGUGGUAGGUACUCUCCAUCUUUAGAGAGGCAAAGGUUCAUCCCUCUUCGGAGAGGCGACAGCGCUGGUUACCCUCUGGACACCAGGUAUCACAGUACACUUUCACGCAUUGCAAGUGCUGCAGAUGAAGAAGCCAGUGAGGUCGUGGCUUGCGAGGAAGCAGCCAAAGAGAGCACAGAGAACAAAGAUCCAUCAAGCGACGGAGCGCCCAAGGACGCCGCAGAAGAUACAGCCAACACAACCUCUGUAGGCACUGACGCAACAAAGAGUCGCGCAGAGUUGACCAGUGAGGACGAUGACCGCCAGGAAAGCACAACUAACCAGUCUCUGACCACUGUGACUACACAGAAGAGCUGCAUGGAUCCGAGAGUCGACAACAGAAACAACAACAGUAGUCAAGCUAUUUUAUCAGAGAUUUCUCUGCAGGCAGAGAGCAGCCUGACAGACAAGCUGGUCGUGUCAGUGGAGGAGAGACUCUACGGCAGCCUGCGCAGUGCAGAAAAGCUAAGUCAGGGAGGAACGGAGCAUGUGUUAACCAUGUCUCACACAGCCUCACCUGGCUUCAGUCCCAUGUAAUCCCAUCUCCUCCAUCAACCUUAUUUCAAAUUCUUCAACGACAGACUUGAACACAAAGCACUUCAAACAUCACCAUGUUUUAGAUACUUGGUUCCUCACUUUUGGACAAAUUUUCAAAAUGGUUUGAUGCAUCAAAACAUAAAUAUAUAUUGUAAAGGACAAACUUCUUGAUGGCCAGUCUCUUCCAGCAUUUCCAUUCAGACCUUAAUUUCCACUGUGACACCAUGUGACAUGUGAUGCCCCCUUUUUAUUGGUAACCGUUCUUAAAAAAAAAAAAAAAAUGCAUUCAUGACAUAGCUUUGAGAAUAUAGGCCCAUCUUUAGAAAAAAAAGAAAAAGAUAUUUUCAGAUUUAACUGUGAAUUUUCAGCAUGCUACUGUAUGUCCAAACUGUGUAUGUGAAUACUGUACAGUUUUAACUUUAAAACAAAAAGCACUUUGAUGGGAAGAAAGUUAAUGAUGGAGUUUCUGUCACCUGUUUCUCUCAUUUUAAAACCAUAAUCCUCCUUAAGUGUCCUUCUUGUCUCGAUCACCAUGAGGGGAAAUGUCUCAAUGAAAGCUUGCGGUGUCUGUGUUUGAUAGAAAGAACACCGACCAUUCUUCAGUACUUGUAGCCCUCUCUCAUCAACACAGUAUCACAGAUCUGUAAAUCACGCAUAGUAUAUUGUAAAUAUAAAAACUUUACACUAUACAGCCAACAAAAAGAAAAAUCAUGCAUUAUGAAUUUUUAUACUCCUAUUUCAUCUAGAUUUUUUUUAGGCAUGUGUGCCCGUUAUUCAUUAUAAUUAAGGAGGUCACAUCCGGGAGGCUCAGAGGGCUCGAGUGGAGUGUUGCAUCACUGCUGGGACUCUGAGGGAGGAGAAUGACAGAUGAUACUUAAAGCGACUGACACAGGAGCCUCUCUGGCUUUUAGGCAGAUGAACCAGUGACUGAGAGUAGAGGCUGUGAAAGUGGAUAGCACUGUCUGCUCCCAAACCGCAGCAGAAUAAGAUAAAAGACACGUUCUGGUGAUAUUCCAGACUUGUCAACAAAUGCCAUGAAAAGACAAAAACUAAUUAGGAAUUACAUGUGUAGACAGGACUUGCUCCAAUGUUGUCCAAAAACUGUUUGAAAAAAAUGUUCCCUCAUUACUACAAACGCAGCCUCUCAAGUUUAUCCCACAAACAUCGCCCUGCUGUUGUAAAUUUGCACUGGAGCACAAAAAAUGUAAAAAAAAAAAAAUUGUGAUAAUAUUCUGCAGCCUUUUCAUCAAAAUCUGGCAAUCGCACAAGUUGAACAGUUUUCUUCCCACUCUCCCUGCUCCAGUAUGGAUGUAAAAGUGUAAUUAUUCAUUCUGCAUUUGUCAAGUUUGAUCUCAUCACCAUGAGAGAAUUGCUGCAUGUUACAAUGUUUGAUGAAGACUGUCACCUGGGAAACUGCAAUGGUAGGUCCAGCCUUUCGUUUUCUUCCUUUCCUACAGGCUUGGGUUUGAGCUACAGUUGUGUGUAUCUUAUGAAACUCAUAUCUUUGUCAUUUAUGGUGAAUCAUCUGCUUUAUUGUAAAACAAGUAGCGCAGAAAAUUCAAAUGUCUUGCAGCCUUGAUAAAGGCUAGACCUUGUGGGACCAACUGAGGCACAUAUUCAUUUUGGACUGAACAUUUUUCUGAAUUAAAAAACAAAACAAAAGAAAUGAGCGACUCCUCAACACCAUGAUGAGUUUAUGCUUUAAGCUGAUUUACUUUGUGAGAGAGGUAUCCUCACACACUGAAUCACACCGCUGAAAUAUUUUUGCUCUUCAUCCUCACCAUGUUUGUCCUCUUGUCUUGUCGAGCGGAGAGCCUCUCAGUCGACCUUGCUGACGUGAUGAGCGCUGCGCUCUCCCUCCCUCCCUCCGAGUUGUGACUCACCUGCUCUCUGAUCUAUUCCCAGCGAGGGGCUGAUGAUGGGCCUGGCUACGUAAGACGGGAGGGAGAGGGAGGGCAGGGCUCCCACUGAUGUGUUCGGCGCAACAAAGAGAGAGCAUCACUGGAGAACAGGCGACUGGGUGAUUGUGACGGCACACCGCCUGCAGCUGAGCAGCAUCAGCUAUUGAUAUUCUAGAGUCUGACUACAAAACUAGCUGCAGACAUCAGAGAAAGGCGAGUGUAGCGUUCCUAUCAAAGCAUAACCUUGCAAAAGGACGCGGAAAACAAUAAAAAUUAUAAACUAAAACAAAAAGAAGAAACCACUGAGGUGUAUUGCAUUAAAAAAAAAUUGCUCAACUCAAAGUUAAACAGAAAGGAUCAUCCAACAAAAACAGCCUGUUUGGGACAUAUUUUAUAUAAAUAAUAAUUAAAAAAUAUUCAUUGGAAAAAAGAAAAAAAAAAAACCUAAAUGGAAAUCAAAAAUCCCCAACAGGUCAGCGGUGGAUCUCAAGGCUUCAGUCUGUCCAUCUGUCCACAAACCAAGCACUUUCCCUUUCUUCUUCCAGCUCUGUACAGCAUGCAGUUUUUUAUGUUGGUGGUAGUAGAGUACUAUCAUAAUUAUUCUCAUCAUAGAUCUAAAUAUAGAAUUAUUCAUAACUUUUGACAUCUUUUUUUUUCUCUUUAAUUUUUUACACAUCACAAUGUGUCUUAAAAACUGCCAUUAGGGUUCUGUAAAAACAAAAGGUAGUCAAAGAAACAGAAGGUAGAGGGUAGAGGGGGUGGGGUACAGGGGGUGAUGGUGUUUGUAACGUCCGGUGCAACACUUGGCCCUCGUAAAGAGGAUGACAGUGGAUGGAGAGGGGGGAGAUGACAGAGGUGGAUGACAGGAGUUGAAAGGAACAA